AUGCGGAUUUUACUUUUACUGCUUCAGAAUAUUCUUGUAUUCUGUCAAUUUUUACAAACUAUCAAAGUGGGAUUAAUGUUCUCAAAAGACACGGCCUCAGUGAUAAGAUCAGUUGGUUAUCGGACAUCUGCUGCAGCGGUUUUAGUUGCAAAAGACCGGAUUAGAGCGGAGCAUCUGUUGGAUCAAUAUGAUUUUAACUUUACAAUAAAGUUCGAUGAAUGCUCUGAAAGUCUCGCUGCUGGAAAAGUAGUCGAACUUCUUACCCAUGAUAAUGUAGACGUAAUUAUUGGCCCAACUUGCAAUCGAGCUGGUGUAGCAGUUGCGUCUCUUGCUGAUUUUUAUAAUGUUCCAGUUUUUCAAUGGGGACUUACUACUACGGCGGACAUUGGAAAUUUCAGUAGAUACCAGACAACGGUCACACUGUCAUUGGAUACUCACAGCAUCUCGCUUGCAGUUCGAGAAAUUUUGCGCCAAUAUGGUUGGUCUGAAUUUGUUUUUAUAUAUUCAAACGACGGAGAUGAGGAGAAAUGCGCUGCGAUGAAAGAUGACAUGGAAAAGAUGGGAAUCGAAAAUUCAGAUGUGACCAUGGCCUAUAUGAUUCAAAUUCAGACGGUCACCAUGGAAUCACUCCAACGGACCUUGCUAGAAGUUUCGAAAAGAGGAAGAAUCAUAAUCGCAUGUUUUGCAAGUGGUAGAGGAUUCAAGAAAGCGUUUAUUGCGUCCACGGUGCUUGCUGGAAUGUCUACUGAAGAGUACCUUUAUGUGUUCGCAGAACCACAGUCGAGAGGAUUUUAUGUUGAUGAAGCGGAUGGAAAAGUUCACUAUUCAUGGGAUGAUACGGAUGGACAAUUGGUGACUGGACUUACAAAUGAGCAGAUUCGAGAUGCUUAUGGAAAAGUGUUGUAUAUUUGUGAUAAUAUGGGCGAGCCCACAACUAUCACUACACAGUAUACCAACUUCACAAGUCAAGUGAUCUCUCGAAUGGCAGAACAGCCAUUCAAUUGUGUUCAAGACUGUUCAAAUCAGUCUUAUAAACAUGCAGCAACCUACGCCGGACAGCUCGCUGAUUCUUUCUACGCCUAUGCUUUCGCAUUGAAUAAAUCACUCACUCAAGACCCAACCCGUUCAAAUUUGAAAAACGGGUCGUUUGUUCUCAGUAAUAUUGGGAUGACAUUUCAAGGAGUCGGCGGAGAAGCCGUGACUCUUGAUGAGUCAGGAAGUCGGAUUGUACAAGUCUACAUGUUCGCUAUGAACUCCUCACUACUUCCAUAUAUGGCUGCAAGCCUUCUUGUGAAUGUCUCAGAAGUGGUUUUCACUCCGUUCUACAAAUCAGAAUCCGAGCUUUGGAGUGUUCGCCCACUUUCUCGACCGAAAUGCGGAUUCACUGGAUUAGAAUGUCCUGCGGACUUUGUGAAGGAAUACCUUGUUUAUACAAUUAUUGCGGCGUUUAUUGUCAUCUUGGCGUUAUUGGCUGGGUGUGCAGGGCUUCUGUACACAAUGCACAUGAAGCGAAAAGAAAUGGAGCGCCAAGAUCUUCUCUGGCAAGUUGCAUUCGUCGAGCUACAACAAGUUCAGUCAAAAUCCAGAGCCGAAGCAAGUAUGCACUCAUUUGCCAGUGGCCCCUCAACUUCCACCAAAAUGACCGUGGAAAGUCGCACCGAGACCACUAAUUUUAUAUUUUACCAUUACCACCAGGAAGUUGUCGCUGCCAAAAAACACGAUCUACUUGUAUUAUUCGAUGCAAACCAAAAAUCCGAGUUUCGCCAAAUGAGAAACUUUGACAAUGAUAAUCUGAACAAAUUCAUCGGGUUAUGCCUUGAUGGGCCGCAGCUUUUAUCACUUUGGCGGUUUUGUUCAAGAGGAUCUUUAUCAGAUGUUAUCAGUAAAAGUUCAAUGCAAAUGGACAGCUUCUUCAUGUUUUCCUUGAUUCGAGAUAUCUCAAAUGGACUCUAUUUCAUUCAUAGCUCUUUUCUAAAAUGCCAUGGACAACUGACUUCCCGAUGCUGCUUGAUUGAUGACAGAUGGCAAAUCAAAAUCUCUGGAUUCGGAUUAAAAUCUGUGCGAACUUUUGAGAAUCCGAAGAAGGAAGAUCUAUUGUGGGCUUCUCCUGAAUACUUGCGAAAUGAAGAUCAAGAGCGGCUACCUGAAGGUGAUAUUUAUAGUUUUGGUAUCAUUUGCGCGGAGAUUUUAACAAGAUCGUCGGCUUUUGAUCUGGAAAAUCGGAAGGAAAAGCCGGAUGUAAUAAUCUACCAGGUGAAGAAAGGCGGUCACAAUCCCACGAGACCAUCUCUGGACACUGGUGAAACCGUGGUAAUUAAUCCAGCAUUACUCCACCUAGUCCGGGACUGCUGGACAGAAAGACCAUCUGAGCGGCCUUCAAUUGAACAAGUGCGAAGUCAUCUGAAUGGAAUGAAGGAUGGGAGGAAGACUAAUUUAAUGGAUCACGUGUUCAAUAUGCUUGAGACCUACGCAUCAACUCUCGAAGAAGAAGUUUCGGAUAGGACUAAAGAGCUUACGGAGGAGAAGAAAAAGUCGGAUGUGUUGCUAUACAGAAUGUUGCCAAGAAUGGUAGCUGACAAGCUAAAACUCGGUCAGACCGUUGAGCCGGAAACCUUCGAGCAGGUGACAAUAUUCUUCUCUGACGUUGUCCAGUUCACCACGCUUGCAGGAAAGUGCACCCCGUUGCAAGUGGUCACUCUUUUAAACGAUUUAUAUACGAUUUUCGACGGAAUAAUUGAACAGAAUGAUGUUUAUAAGGUAGAAACAAUCGGAGAUGGUUAUCUUUGUGUUUCUGGUUUGCCGCAUAGAAAUGGAAAUGAUCAUAUCCGACAUAUAGCUCGGAUGUCACUUGGAUUUCUGUCAAGUCUGGAAUUUUUCCGAGUGCAACAUUUGCCGGCUGAACGCAUAAACCUUAGAAUUGGAAUUAAUUGCGGUUCCGUGGUAGCUGGAGUCGUCGGGCUAACAAUGCCGCGAUACUGUCUAUUUGGAGAUGCAGUGAACACAGCUAGCCGGAUGGAGAGUAAUGGAAAACCUGGCCAAAUUCACGUCACUGCUGAAGCAAAUCGAAUGUUGACUCAAGUGGUCGGUGGUUUCAGAACGGAAUCUCGGGGAGAAGUUAUCAUCAAAGGCAAAGGAGUCAUGGAAACAUUCUGGCUCCUUGGAGAAGAAUCCGGAUAUACUGCCCCAUCAAAAGCUGCACCGAAAGUGAUUCAACAUCGCCAGUCAAUUAGAAGCAUUUCUCCGAUUUUGGAGAAAAAUGCAGAGGGAAGUGAGACAUCAUCUCUCUCAGUUGACCAAGCCGGUGAUAACAAUUCCGAAACUGUUUGA